AGUUCGCUUAUCAAAGAAACAUUUUGAAGUUGUUGUACAGCGAUGGAUUUCCCAUCAACAUCGAAGCCUACAAAUCAACAACCUUUGUCGAAUCCACCUUCUUCCAGCCGACAACCUGCAUCUGGAACCGUUCGAGGCUCGAACCUGCCAAAGUCUUUUACAGCUCCCAGUCCCGUGACGGCGAAGGCAACGAAUGCUGCGGCAUCCGUAACAGCUGUAAGCGCAGAUCCGCAAUCAUCUUCAGCUCGACAAAGUGCUCGAUUCGGAGCAACAAGCAACAGUGUUGUUGUCAACCCGAGGCAGCGCGGGAAUCCAGUCCUCCAAAGCAUUCGCAGCGUUCCAUGGGAAUUCGGGAAUGUGAUGCCGGAUUAUGUUAUGGGCUUUUCCUCUUGUGCGCUUUUCCUAAGUUUGAAGUACCACAAUUUGAAUCCGGAAUAUAUUCAUGACCGACUGAAGGCUUUGGGCAGAUCCUAUGAACUCCAAAUUCUUCUCGUACUGGUUGAUGUGAAAGAGCCUCAUCAUCCUCUCAAGGAGUUGGCUAAAAUUGCCAUUCUUUCGGACGUUACUUUGGUCCCGGCGUGGAGCCCGGAGGAAGCUGGGAAAUAUCUGGAGUUAUACAAGAUCUAUGAGAAUAAACCGGCUGAUAUGAUCCGCGCCCAAGUGGAAGGAGAUUACAUGUCACAACUGACCGAAGCUUUGACUACCGUAAAAUCUGUUAACAAGACCGAUGCCAAGACGUUGUCCAAUCAUUUCAGGUCAUUAACUGCUAUGGUGGACGCCUCAAAGGACGAUCUCUCACUGUUGCCGGGUUUCGGAAUGCAAAAGGCUAAAAGGCUGCACGAUGUGCUGCAUCAACCUUUCCUCAAGAAACGAAAUGCACAUCCCGAUAACGAAUUAUCAGAAAUUUGAGUGUGAGCAUGAAUUUUAAGACAAUUUUCCAUGUGUUUAUAAAAUCUGUGAUAGGGGAUACUGUUUUUAAUGAUCGUUGAUCUGAAACUCUGCAAUAAUUAACAGCAUUGCAUGUUUAUACGUGUUUAUUGCUGCAUUGUCUCGAGCCGUUGCACAUGUUUGCCUGUUUUAGUGUACAAAAAUUUUUAUAAAUAAAGGAAAGUAUGAAAACAGCACAAAAUGUUAAAUUAAUUUAUUGCCAGGAAAAGGGAGUAGAAAAAGACGUAUCACAAAGGUGCACCGGCAGUGCCAUAGUACAGUGGUAAGUUACGCGUUGCCAGGAUUAUUUUCCGUAGCUUCCUCCAUUGUUGUUGCUGUUUCCGUAGCUUCCUCCAUUGUUGUUGCUGUUUCCGUAGCUUCCCCAUUGUUGUUGUUGUUUCCGUAGCUCCCUCCGUUAUUGUUGUUUCCGUAGCUGCCACCGUUGCUGUAUCCACCACCAUAUGAGCUGCCAUAAUCGCCAUAAUCACUGUAAUCGCUGUUUCCCCAAAAUCCACCAGCACCUAGGAUAAUUACAGGUGACUCACUUGUCAGCAAUGCAUUGGAAGCGCCAGUGAUCGUACUAUACAGUGACUAUACUACAGUAAAUUUAUGAUCGCUUUUUUUGGCUGCAAAAACUUAUAAGGGUACCCCAAAGGCCAUCGGGUCCCCAGAAAUUGCCGAUAUCCAGCAGUCCGUCAAACAAUCCCGCUCCAAAACCGCCAUAGUCAUAGCUGCCGUAGUCACCGCCGUUGUUAUAGCCACCACCGGAGUUGUAGCCCCCAUUAUUUCCGUAGCUGUUUCCGUUGUUAUUUCCAUAGCCGUUACUGCUGCCACCGCUGUAGCUUCGUGCAGAAGCGCCAGUAUCGACUGCAGCGCUGUGAACUGUGGCUAUAUUAAGUAGAAAACACAAAAAAACCGAUGUUAUACUUGUGCUGCCAGCUACUUGCAAAGUACAAGUAUAAUAGGAUAAAGGUCAUGUUAAUACUAUAGCUAAAACUGGACCGGGGACCAAUAAUCUGCUUACACGUAGCAUUAAAUUUAACUUCAAAAAAAUUUUUAAAUAAAGUUCAAGAAAUACUGCAGGUGUGAAAGAUUAUUUACUGAGAAUCUGACUUGAAAAAACAAAGAUAUUGCAACUGUGACUAUCCACUAGCGAUACCUGUUACUCCUAAAAGGAUGCAGGCAAUCAAAGGCAGCAUUUUGAAGGCGGUGAGGAUGCUUAGCUAGGUAUAGCAGGAGGAAGAAAUGAAAGGAUAAACCGAACUGAAUGAUGGUAUUCGCUCUGAAUGCCACCUUUUUUAUAUACCAUACAAAACAUCAUGCUGACAUUUACAUUUACGUUAAAUAAUGCACGAACGCGAUUAAAUAACGGUUAUACCGAUCGCUAAUCGCUUGUCCCGAGUGCUAGCGAUUAAUUAGCCGAGAACCAUAAAAUUCCACUACCACAUUAACGAUACCACUAUGUAGCAGUGCCUUUUACAGCUGUGUCACAAUUUUUUAGGUAAUCAUUUUUUCAUAAUAAUAAUGAUAAUAAUGAUACGUAUUACGAAUGCACUCAUAAUAAGCCUGCGGAUAUAAUGCAUAUAUUUAUAACUGUAUUUACGAUUUACUGAUGUGCCGAUGAUUGUACUGAUCAAGUGAGUACAGCAAAAUUUUCUGCAUGUUUCCGUAUGCAGAAAACAAAUUCAACAAAUUGAGGUGCAAGAUUUAUUACUCCUGUUAAGCGACGAACGUUUCCAAUAUUAAUUAACGGGUUCAAAAUUCAUCCACGAACAUGAAUUGCUUUUGCUUUAGCCUUUAUGUAACAGUAUUUCUGCUUUUCUACUCUACUCGUAGUGUAUGACACAUCGGGGAACGGAACUGACCUGUGCAAGUUGUGCCCAUAAAGAUUUGUUUCCGUUUGGGCAACGGAAUAGGAUGCUUUUUUAUGUAAUUAUUGCAUGAUGUUCUUUCCAGUCCGAUUGAACGUUGACACUGAAUUUUAUGAUGAUCUUGAAAUAAAUUAAUAAAAACAACAGUAAUUAGUUGCGCAGUCACUGAAAUGACUGACGCAUUCGUUACCUAGAUAAAGGUGCGCAUAGCUCGUGAAACGUUUCUAAAUGUCGUGGAGUUUUUACCACAGCAGCUGUCAAUUCUCUGAAUUUCAAGCGGGAAUUCAAUACUUAAAGUAUACCAUAUCAUAAUGUCUAUUUAUUCCUGGAUUUCAUCGUUUCCAGUAAUUUGAUUAAACUAUCGCGCUGACUGCAGUUUUCUCCAGCCAGCAUGACUGAAUUAUACAUACACAAGAAUCAUACAGGGGAUUUUACAAACUGUUUUCAGCUGGACGUUAUCAAAAAGAUAAUUAAUUAAGAAGGCUCCGGAAUCCUAAACUGAAUGUUCUACAGGGCUGCGGAAUCUGAAAUUAAUUGUGUACGCCACACGGCUAUGAAAAUAUGAUUAGCAGAAUUGGCAGCACAUGUCCAGAUCUAAAGCGGGGCCUUUUAAUGUGCAACGCUUUGUAUCUACUGUUCCAGAACAGCUACUGCUUUCGGAAGGUUGUUUUCUCUCAGAUUGCUUGUGUUGCUCUUAAGCUACUGUUAUCAUGGUGAAACAUUAAGCGUAGACCUUUUUCUGAAAACUGAACAGUAAAUUCACAGUAUAGUGACGCCUUUAUUAAAACCGGUACCACAAAAUUUGAAAGUUUUUUUAUUAAUACAAACGUG